AUGAACUCUGCCCUGAUGCGUCGACCCGGGCGCACCAUCUGGCGCAACGAGCAAGACGUGCUGCUGGUGUCCUUGCUGACCGAGUACCGCUCGCUGCUGAACGGCGGCGACGUCGGCGUUCGGCAGCACUCUGCACGAACGCGCAAGCAGUUCUGGGAUCUCAUCGCCCGAGAGCUUACAGUGAGAUACCACGUCGUGCGGAAUCCACGCCAAUGCAAGGACCGGUUCCGUCUUUUGUACACGCGCGGAAUCCGUAACAUGCACAAUGGGGUCGACCCGCAAACGGGCGUGGAUGCGCUCUGCCUGGAAUUGAAUCGAAUAUUCUACCUCGAUCUCAGAAACAACAUAGCGCUGGCUCAAGACCGUCCCGAUAACGAGCAGCCUAUGAGCAGCGGUGCCGGAGACGACGGUGAGUAUAAAGAUCGCGACGAAGUGGAUGACACCUGCGAUGAGAUCACUCUCAACGAUCACUCUCGCACCCACAGCUGUUCUCAAAGUCGUCUCUCGCAAGAGCUCCCGCACAAUUCCACGCAUAUUUUGGCAGAUCCCGGGCUGGACGUUCCAGCUGUUCCGCUGCUGGCCCAUCCUUCAGCAGAACUCCCGCUGCCGCAAGCACCGCCGGCGCCAUUUGCGCCAGAUUACCAAGAUCCGCAAAUCCAGAUGCUGAUGGAUCAAGUGCUUAUGCUGGACCAGCAGGUAGCAGACCUAUACGCACGGCUGGACGAGCUGGGCCACAACACAGACCGUCGUUUCGCGCGAGUGUUGGACAGUGAGAGAGCACGUGAUCCCAAUCCCUCAUCGUCAUCGUCAGCGACGACAGCGGCGGCGGCCAGCGUCGAUACCGGUACUCGUACCCGUACUCGUACUCGUCCAAGCGCUGCUACCAGUACUAGCACUACUACUACUACUACGACAGCAGCAGGGACGACGACUACGACGACGGCAAACAACACGCCGGAAACCAGUCCCACCGUGCUCGUCCAUCCCCAAUCCGUGCCGCAAUUCCAGCGCCACUACGAGCAAUCGCUUGCCAGCGCAUUUCGUCCAGCAUUCCCACCGCCAGUUCCUCACCAUGUGACCAGCCAGCCUUCGCCCUCUCCUCCUCCUCCUCCUCCUCCUCCUCCUCCGCUCUCGUCGUCUGCACAACCCGCAUCCAGGCAAGGUCCCGGUUCCAGCGCCAGCCCUAACCUCGGCUCUGAAUCGCAAUCCACAACGCAUCCGAAUUCUCUGUCGUGA